GUGACGUCAUGCCGACAAAGAGACGUGGCAGGCGGACGCGUUAGUGCGCACCGCCGUUGAGUCGACCUCUUUCACUCUUGCAGGCAGGAAGUCACCGCACUCAACGACACUUGUUUCAAUCGGUACCGGAGACAUGGCUUCCAAUAAUAACGCGGGCGGCAAAUGGGAGGUAGUGAAGAAAGGGAAGAAGAACAGCAGCGUCGGCUCAGGAGGAGGCAAGAACACGUCGGACAAGAAGCCCGGCGGCGGGGGGAGGAAAGCGCUGGGCGAAUCCAACCAGGGGUCCAGAGCACCCAUCGUGAUGUCCGAAACUCUGUACGACGGCUUUGAGAAGAUGGCGAAGAAACAGAACAAGGAGCAGGUUCCGCCGCCGGCCGAGUCCGAGAACAAGAAGCCGCCGUCGAGUAAACCGCCGAAGAAACCGCACUCCAGCAGCACGGCCUCCCCCCCGGUUCACAAGACCCUCGAGGAGGCCUUCAAAACUUUGGAUGUCGGCGACCUGAAGCAGCAGCUGGCUCGCAGUCAGACCCUGUUCCCAGAAAACCCAUCGGUGUGGGUCAAAGACCUGGCGGGAUACCUCAACCUCAAUCUGACUGCGCCGGAGACCGAGCCCACACUCAGCAGCUACGCUCACGACUACCCAUACUGCCUUUCAGGAAAGGAGCUGAAGGGAGUAAUCAAAGGCCUCAUCGGGCGCUGCAGUGAUAUUCUGCCAGACUUCUUUGACCACUGUGUUUAUACAAUGCUCAGGGAGAUGGACAGGCAGUCGGGAGAACCUCUGCAUGGCUACAGAGUUUGCAUCCAGGCAAUCCUACAGGACAAACCCAGGAUAGCCACCCAGAACCUGCCAGAAUAUUUGGAGUUGCUGCGAUCAGUUCAGAAUCGUCCUGUGAAGUGUUUGACCAUCAUGUGGGCUCUUGGUCGAGCUGGAUUUUAUGACCUCAGCCAGGGACUAAGAGUGUGGCUGGGUAUCAUGCUUCCUGUGCUGGGAGUGAAGGCCUUGUCCUCAUACGCCAUUGCCUAUCUGGAGAGGCUUCUCCUACUUCAUGCAAACCUGACAAAGGGAUUUGGCAUCAUGGGCCCUAAAGAGUUCUUUCCUUUAUUAGAUUUUGCAUUCAUGCCCAAGAACGCCCUGUCAUCAAGUCUUCAGGAGCAGCUGAGGCGUCUGUAUCCUCGACUGAAGGCCUUGGCAUUUGGAGCCAAACCUGAGAGCACGUUACACACAUACCUGCCAUCGUUUCUGUCCAGAGCCACGCCACACUGUCCAGAUGAGAUGAAGAGAGAGCUGCUCAGCAGUAUGACUGAGUGUCUGUGUGUGGAUGUCCAGAGUCUAGGAGUGUGGAGGCAGCUCUACACCAAACACUUACCCCAGUCCAGUCUGCUGUUGAACCAUUUAUUGAAAUCGUGGAAGAGCUUACCACCCAAGCUCCGGAAAAAUCUUGAAGAAACUGUCCAGUCUUUCAAAGUGACAAACGAAGAGAUGAAAGACGCCGUUGAAUCUCAGCAGCUUCAGGAAUGCAACAGCCUGUGCCAGAACCUGCAGAUAAAGAUGCGAGGUCGUGGGUUCCCGUGGUCCAAACUGCUCAUGGUUCUGCUUGUGUUUGUCGCUGGCUUCAUUGCUCAUGAUGUCAGAUCUCGCGGCUCCUUCGCAGAUUCCACCACGGCUGUGCAUCUGCGCAGCUCUGGGGUCACCGCCGUGUCUCAGCAGGCCUUGAGCAAAGUAAAGCUGUACUCCUCACAGGGCUUCAGCUGGUUGGAGACCAACACGCCUCAUUAUUACUCAGAGUGUGCACGGGUUUUGGGGCCACUACUGGAACAAGGUUUGGAAAAGAGUAAAACGGCAGCCAUCUUGAUCUCUGAAAACACCACACAGUUUAUUCUGUGGGUCAAAGAAAAGACGCCGCAGGCCAUAGAAUGGGUGAACACCAACACUCCCGACAGUGUAUUCCAGGUGUUGGCGUAUUUAAAGGAGCUGCUCCUCUCCCUCCACCACAACUACAUCUUGCCAGCGCUGGUGUAUUUAUCUGAACUGCUUCAACGAGCGUGGGCCAGUCUACAGGAGUCCUGCAAUGGUGAGGUGUCUGUAUCGUGUCUGCAAGGCCACGCUUUGUCCUUCACCAACACAACGUGGCAGCUGCUCCAACACACGACGACUGCCAUUAAGACUUGGGCUCAGGAUCUGCUGACACAGGCGUGAUGACAUCACAGAUGCUGAUUUAAUUAACACACGCAAUAAACACACACAUAAUGUUAUGUGAAUAUGCGCGCACACACACACACACACACACACUGUCCUAGUCUGAGGCUGCCUUUUGGUGAGCUGACUCUUAAGCCAUGAUUGGAGACUGUUUGUACAGACCAAGAAAACUCUCCCUCGCUCUUGUUUGGUUACAUUUUUAAAAUCAAGUUUAAUAUUGUAAACGGUUAUUUUUUUUUAAUUCUUUUUUUCUAACAAUCUUUUUGUCAAUGCUGGACAAAUGCAGAAGUUGUGUCUUUAUCGCUCUUUCACUUGUUCUACGAGAUCUCCGCGUUUUCUACUGCAAAUUCCAGCUGUUGCUUUAACCUUUGGGUUAAACUAAUUGUGUAAUUUAUAGAAAAGGUAGGUUUGUAGAUGAUUUCUAAAACAUUUUUAUUUCAAAUAUAAACAUUACAAACAAGUAUUAUGUGAAAACUUGGUAAAGACCAAAAAAUAUAUUCCAGAGUUUUCCAAGCCAGUGAAGACCUCAGAUGGGCCCUUUGUUUCACACACUCGGUCCAGCUGGUCUUAAAGUCAGAUUAGAUGCACAAUGUUGGUGUCUCAGUGAAACCGUCAUCAAUCCGAAUCUUUGCAGUGGGCAGCUCUCAAUUCAACAGGAAAAAUAUUGUGAUUAAAGGGGUCAGAACUGCUGGUGUAUUGAAUUCGUGAGAAGGUUUAGGGUUGACCACAUGACCCAAAAGUUAGCUGGCAUCUGUUUGAAAAGAUCCAGAAGAAAUCUGCUGGCAGCCUAGUCUCUGUCCUGUUUACCUUCUCCUCUCAUCUUUGCCGUUUCUUUGGAGUUUUCAUUUGCCUGCAGUAGCUUAACUUCUAAGCUCAAAAAGUUGUUCUCACACAAGGCUGAUGAUAUUCUGUUUUUGGAUGAAUACUGGGAUGAUUAGUCUGUGUCAACAUCUUCCUGCACCCCAGAGAAUAAAGAAUAGACCCUCACCUGGGGACGGUAAACAUUUCUGACCAGCUCAUUUACAUCCCUAUUUAUAAACCGGAUAUGAUGGAAAUGGCAAUGACUUACCAUGUAAAUGAUUUCUAAUAAAGACUUCAACCACA